CAAACAUCAAAGCAGCAAACAGCAAACCGUUGAGAGUUUCCACGGAGACUUUCGACUCUCCUUUUCUCUCUACAAGAAUCACGAUGUUUCGCUGGACGAGGGCCUUUUCAACCACCACCUCGCGCCUCACUACAAAACAACCUACCAUGGCCUCCACCAUCGCCUCCUCCUCGUCCACCUCCCCCUCCAUCCAAGUCUUCCGCGACCCGUCCCCCCUCCGCCAAUGGCGUCGCCAACUCCUCCUCUCCAAUAAAUCCCUCGGCUUCGUGCCCACCAUGGGCGCUCUGCACGAAGGCCACCUCUCGCUGAUGCGCCAAGCCGCCGCCGAGAACACCGACAUCCUCGUCAGCAUCUACGUGAACCCGACACAGUUCGGCGUCUCCGAGGAUCUAUCCAGCUACCCGCGCACAUGGGACAGCGACGUCGCGAAACUACAAGCCCUCAAUGCCGAACUCGACGCCCAAAGCAAGAGCGGGGGCCGAGUGACGGCGAUUCUCGCGCCGACUAGUCACGUUAUGUAUCCGAGUUUACCGCCCACAUCGGAGAUUGACGGCGAUGGGUCGUUUGUCACGAUUACCCCCAUUUCGAGACGGCUCGAGGGCGCGUCCCGGCCGGUGUUCUUUCGGGGCGUGGCGACGGUGUGCAUGAAGUUGUUUAAUAUUGCGGGGGCGGAUCGCGCGUAUUUCGGACAGAAGGACGUGCAGCAGACGGUGGUGAUUAAGCGCAUGGUGAAGGAUUUUCAUGUCGAUACGGAGAUUCGCAUUGGGGAGACCGUGAGGGAGGUGGAUGGGUUGGCGAUGAGUUCGAGGAAUGUGUAUCUUGGCGAGAGGAGGAGGGGUGUUGGGUUGGUGUUGUAUCGGGCGUUGAGGGCCGCUGAGGAGGCGUAUGGCUCUGGGAAGCUGGGGAGGGGGGAGAUUCUGGAAGCGGCGAAUCAAGUGACGAGGAGGGUGCUAGCGGAGCAGCAGGCUCUGGCGCCGGAGGAGAGAGCGCUCUACGAGGUGGAUUAUAUCUCGUUGGCUGAUCCGGAGAGUCUGGAUGAGCUGGAGGUGGUGGAUCCGGCCAAGGGGGCGAUUCUGAGCGGCGCGAUCAAGAUGGCACCGUUGGAAGCGUCCAAGGAGGGUGAGGAUUGCGGGCUAGGCGAUGGGAAGGUGCCGGUCAGGUUGAUUGACAAUUUGAUCAUGAAGCCUCGCUCUACUUAGUGGACCAGUCUAUGGUCGUGUACAAAAUAGACACAUAAUAAUACCCAAGUUCAAACCGCCAUUCCUUGUCGAUAUCUGUCAUAUCACUGUAUAGUUCACAUACCAAAAAGGAAAUUAGGG